AUGUGCUCUUGUGAGGUGGUCAGCAGCAACCCCUUGACCGACCCCUUCUUCUGGUUCUCCUUCAUACUGCCGGAUGCGGCGCUUGAGGCAGAGGCAGCAGAGCGUGCUGCACCAGGAGACGCAGCGACAGAGGGGCCCCUCGGAGCUGCUUUUUCAAAGGGUUUUAACGUCGUAGAAUACCCCCUGCCCCCCCACCCAGGCUCCCGCCCUAUGAGGCGGCACCAGGCGCGAAACCUCUCUUACAACGCGAGCAUUUCGGAUUUCCUUGGGGCCGAGGCACUGCAGCGGCUAGAAGCAGACUGCCCUCAGCUGCGACUGACAGAGCAGCAACAGAUGCGGCUGCGGCUCUUGCAGGCAGCAGCAAAAGCAGCAGCAACAGCGGGAACGACAUUGGGGGGCGCAACCCAAAGGGCUGCAGCCGACGAGGGGUCCGUUGCAUCCCCAGCCUCGCGGGGCCCCCCCCUAAAGCGCCUGAAGACAGAUGCAGCAGAGACAGAGGGCGCUCAAGCAGCAGCACCGGCUGCUGCAGCUGUAUCGUCUGCUGCUGCAGUAAAACAAUCCGAAGAGACUGCUGCAGCUGCUCAGUCGGAUUCAACAGUGCAACAGGGGGAGAGAACAGCUGCAGCGGCGGCAGCGCCAGGGACCUCGGGGGCACCCGCAAGGAAUCUUCCUGCACAUUUCGAUGCUCUCUAUGAUUUGCUGUUGAGCACACCGCAGCAGAAACAGCAACUGCAGCACCAGAUGCAGCAGCAGCUGUUUAUGAUUUGCUGUUGA